CCGGUUUCUGGAUGGUGGGAGAUGACCUGAUGAAACUUAUGCUGGCAGCAGGAAGUUAAAAGCCAUGAUGAGUUUUAGACAGACACACAUUCUAUUGAAUCUGACAAGUGUACAAUUUGGAAGCAGAGAAAGCAUUAUUUAAUUAAAAGUUUUUCCUGAUCUGAAAUGUAGGUCAUACAGCAUGACCUGACGGAUAAUUAGUUCAGACUUAUCAAUCAUCAUUACUGGUGUUAUAACCUGGAAGGAUAGAAACAGAAAUGGGGACAAAAGGAAAUAUAACACUAUUGAACUUCUUUGUCUUUAAUGCCUCGUAUGGACCAAGAGAAGGCGAGGAAGAAAAGAAGAUCAUGUUUUAUCAUCCAAAGUCAAAUGACAUUGAUACAAGGAUAAAACAAGUUGGCCUUUGUGAAGCAGUUGUCAAAUUUACAGAGACAUUUGCUGACAAGUCCUGUAACAGUAUACACACACAGAAGACAAGGCAGUUAUUCUAUGAACCAGAACCAGAGUUUUGGAUGAUCAUGACUGUCAGUAUCCCAUUCUCAGAGAAGACCAAGGAUCAUUCAUCAUAUCUGGAAUACCAUGAAGAGGAUGUACAGGAUUCUGUGUAUGAUGCUAUUCUACGUCAAGCCUACAGAAUGUUUCAGUUAUUUAAUGGUUCCUUUUCUAACAUAUUAGCAAAGUCAAACAAUGACAUCAAGGCCUUACAAGUCAGAUUGGAUCAUUUCUACACAAGGUAUUUGCAAACACUCAAGUUAGGUUCUGCAGACAUAUUGGAUAUUUUUUGUGGAAUUCAUUUCAUGCCGUUAGACAAAAACACUUACCUGCGAGUACAGUGUUUUAUCAACUUACUGGAGGCCAUGUUUCCUGCAGUCAAAUACACAGCCUUCCUCUACAACGACCAGUUAGUGUGGAGUGGCUUGGAACAAGAUGACAUGAGGAUCAUGUACAAGUAUUUGACGACAAGUCUGUUCCCCACAUACCAGGAACAUGAGCUCCAGGGAAGCAGUGUGUCACCAACACGAGUGUCCUCUCCAGCACAUUCGGCUGUCCACUAUGGCAAAUAUAUCACUGGACCACCAAACAUCCGUGAUGAGUCCAAUCUGGGAAAGAUUCCCCUCGUGUAUAUGAACACUGAAGUGGACAAUGAGGAGUGUCACCUCCUUGUGUACAGGGCUCACAAUGCCAGUGUUUGUAUGCUUAUUGAUGUGUCCGUCCCAAUGACCUUUGAUCUCUGUCGAAAGCUGGACAUAUUUUUAGGACCACAGCUCACACAGAUUGCUUCAGAUAUAGGAGAACAGUAUUCCAAACGGCCAAAUAACAGUGGUGAUCCAUUGUGCAAAUAUAUCUACUUUAACCACAUGAACUUGGCACAGAAAUCCACAGUUCACUCCGACAAGAAAUCCAUGCAAGUCCAGAUCCCAAUGGAAACACUUCGUCUCCUCAGUGAUAUCAGCUCUGAUAUGUCGAGAUGCAGUGAAGAUGGAGAAACCAUUGUGAAAACAACAGGGGACAGUUGGGUGGUUGGGAAAAAAUCAGACCAAAGAGAAUUUUAUGUUGUGAUCAACCAGAAAAAUACUAAUCUUAUAGAAAUUAAUGAUGAAGUGAAGAGGCUAUGUGCAACUAAUUUCAACAGUAUAUUCUUUUUGGACUGAAUUUGUUGGAAUUUGGGAUAGACUUUUACAUUGCCAGUGGAUAAUCACAGUGGGGAACUGACUAUUCUAAAUCCAGUGGAUAUUGGAUAUCCUAUAGUGAUGGGGGGGGGGGUCUACAGGUGAGGGAGACUAACCUUUCUACAACCUGUAAAGUAUACACAGGUGAGGGAGAUUAACCUUUCUACAACCUGUAAAGUAUACACAGGUGAGGGAGAAUAACCUUUCUACAACCUGUAAAGUAUACACAGGUGAGGGAGAUUAACCUUUCUACAACCUGUAAUAAAGUAUACACAGGUGAGGGAGAUUAACCUUUCUAAAACCUGUAAAGUAUACACAGGUGAGGGAGACUAACCUUUCUAAAACCUGUAAUAAAGUAUACACAGGUGAGGGAGACUAACCUUUCUACAACCUGUAAAGUAUACACAGGUGAGGGAGACUAACCUUUCUAAAACCUGUAAUAAAGUAUACACAGGUGAGGGAGAUUAACCUUUCUAAAACCUGUAAAGUAUACACAGGUGAGGGAGACUAACCUUUCUACAACCUGUAAAGUAUACACAGGUGAGGGAGACUAACCUUUCUAAAACCUGUAAAGUAUACACAGGUGAGGGAGACUAACCUUUCUAAAACCUGUAAAGUAUACACAGGUGAGGGAGAUUAACCUUUCUAAAACCUGUAAAGUAUACACAGGUGAGGGAGACUAACCUUUCUACAACCUGUAAAGUAUAUACAGGUGAGGGAGACUAACCUUUCUAAAACCUGUAAAGUAUACACAGGUGAGGGAGACUAACCUUUCUACAACCUGUAAAGUAUACACAGGUGAGGGAGACUAACCUUUCUAAAACCUGUAAAGUAUACACAGGUGAGGGAGAUUAACCUUUCUACAACCUGUAAAGUAUACACAGGUGAGGGAGAAUAACCUUUCUACAACCUGUAAAGUAUACACAGGUGAGGGAGACUAACCUUUCUACAACCUGUAAAGUAUACACAGGUGAGGGAGAAUAACCUUUCUACAACCUGUAAAGUAUACACAGGUGAGGGAGAUUAACCUUUCUACAACCUGUAAUAAAGUAUACACAGGUGAGGGAGAUUAACCUUUCUAAAACCUGUAAAGUAUACACAGGUGAGGGAGACUAACCUUUCUAAAACCUGUAAAGUAUACACAGGUGAGGGAGAAUAACCUUUCUACAACCUGUAAAGUAUACACAGGUGAGGGAGAUUAACCUUUCUACAACCUGUAAUAAAGUAUACACAGGUGAGGGAGAUUAACCUUUCUAAAACCUGUAAAGUAUACACAGGUGAGGGAGACUAACCUUUCUAAAACCUGUAAAGUAUACACAGGUGAGGGAGAAUAACCUUUCUAAAACCUGUAAAGUAUACACAGGUGAGGGAGACUAACCUUUCUAAAACCUGUAAAGUAUACACAGGUGAGGGAGACUAACCUUUCUAAAACCUGUAAUGUAUACACAGGUGAGGGAGACUAACCUUUCUACAACCUGUGGAUAUCAAAGUGACAAGCAGUGGAAUAGACUGUACUGAUACUUCAGUACUGGAACUAGUACAUAUCAACAGGACCACUAUCUUACUGUGCUGGGGGUACAUUAUUACUACAGAAUGGAAAGCAUUACCAGUAGGAGAUACCUGUUUCCUAGACAGUGGUGACAUACAUUUAGUCUGACAAUGAUAAAUCUGAAGGAAUCUUCACAUUGUUUAUUUUGUCAGCCAAUUUUACUGUGAUUGUUAUUAAAUUAUUUUACACAUA